AUGUCAGCUGCAUUCGCGAGCAGCACCGAUAGUAAAAUGAAAAGUAAUAAUGAUAAUAUAAGGACAGUUGAUAGUGUUAAAAAGAAAGGUUUGAGUGAUAAAAAUAAAAAAAGGGCAAAUAACGCGAGUGGAAAUAGCACGGUUAUUAAAGUUAAAAGUGUUAUUCCUAGACGAAGACAAGACCUGCUAAAAUGGUACGGCUGGGGCUACAAAGACUCCAUGUUCCAUCUUGAUGGGAUCAACGCAUGCUUUACCGGCAACAGGUACUCUAUUGGCGGGCAGACUCUUCCAUUUCUAGCGCAAUGGGCUAUAGACAAAUUGGGUGUGGAUACUACCCGAGAGCCAAAGAUUCCUAAGAUGCCAACCAAGUUUCCAGACAGCCGGCUACCGAAAAACAUUCAGGCCGAAUUGGAAAAAAUUGCCCUGGUGAGCGUGGACGGCAUGGAUAGACUGAUCAGGUGUCACGGACAAACUUUAAAGGAUAUGUCCCAGUUGCGAAAUAAUAGUUUCCCAAGGAUUCCAGAUGCGGUAAUAUGGCCGGAGAGCCAUAAACAGGUGGAACAAAUUGUGUCUUGCGCAACUCGACACAAGUUCGUGAUCAUUCCAUUCGGCGGUGGUACUUCAGUGUCUGGCUCCGUUACCUGCCCAGCCAAGGAAACCAGACCAAUCCUCGUGUUGGACACCAGCGACAUGAACUCGAUACUGUGGCUGGAUAAGGAGCAACUACUCGCUAGGGUCCAGGCCGGCAUCGUAGGCCAAGACUUAGAGCGAGAGAUGCGAGCCCGUGGAUUCACGGUGGGUCAUGAGCCAGACUCUUAUGAAUUUUCCACACUCGGUGGUUGGGUUGCCACCAGAGCAAGUGGUAUGAAGAAGAACACAUACGGCAAUAUUGAGGACCUCAUUGUCCAAACUAAGGUGGUGACACCUCGCGGAGUGCUAGAGAAGGGUUGUCGCGUACCACGCAUCUCUUGCGGUCCAGAGUGGGAGCAUAUCGUCAUGGGCUCUGAAGGCUGCUUUGGUGUGGUCACUGAGGUUGUAAUAAAAAUUCGUCCACUGCCCCCAGUUGUCUGUUACGGGUCUUUAGUAUUCCCCAACUGGGAGUCAGGCUUCUAUUUCGAGCGGGAAGUAGCCAGGCAACGUCUACAGCCUUCCAGCAUACGGCUCAUGGACAAUGAACAGUUUCGCUUUGGCCAAGCGCUCAAGACAGAAAGCACCUGGGGUGGAGUACUACUAGAUGGAUUGAAACGCCUCUACAUCACCAAGAUCAAGGGAUUCGACCCAACCAAGCUAUGUGUGGUGACUUUACUGAUGGAGGGGACUUCGGAACAGGUCGCCGACAGGGAGAAGAAGCUAAACGCUAUAGCUGCUUGGUAUGGUGGGAUCCCGGCGGGGGCCACUAACGGCGAGAAUGGAUAUACGCUCACUUUUGUAAUCGCUUAUCUUAGGGACGUAGCCAUGGAAUAUGACGUGGUAGCGGAAUCAUUUGAGACCUCCGUACCGUGGGACCGCACUCUGGCACUCUGCGCUAACGUGAAGAAACGGAUAGAGGACGAGUGUCGCAAGAGAGGCAUCGACAAGUUCCUCAUAUCACAUCGACUCACACAGACCUAUGAUGCCGGCUGCUGCAUUUAUUUUUACUUUGGUCACAACACUGCGAAAUGUCCUGAUCCAGUCACAACUUACGAAGAAAUUGAAGAGGCUGCACGAGAUGAGAUUAUUGCCUGCGGUGGUUCAAUUUCACAUCACCACGGUGUCGGCAAACUUCGUAAAAAAUGGUACACAAAUACGGUAAGCGACCUUGGUAGGGAACUUCUUUUUUCUACGAAAAAAACACUGGAUCCAGACAACAUAUUCGCGUUAUCAAACAUGGCGUUUGAAGAACAGACCAACGAAACCAAGACAGUGAUAAGUAAAUUAUAA